GUUCUCGUCAUUGGUACAAUGCGGCUCACCUCGGGCCCCAUGUCCCUUGUUCCGUGCUGGUAUGGGAAGUUCGAUAUUCUGGAAGAACCGUGUUACUUUCUGUUUGAUUGGUUUCCGUUACUGCACCAUGCGUUUCGAAUAUAAAGCCCAUGCUGUUCAAGGUUCAAAGAUCCCGGUCAACCAUGGAGUCCACUUCGCUGCUCAUCAUCGCGCUUCUUGCCAUUAUUAUCACUGUUCUAAUCCACAGACGAAAUUACUCAGCUGUAAUUAAGCAGCUUCGAGGUCCUCCGGUGGACUCCUGGCUUCUUGGACAUGACUACGCCGUUAACUAUCAGGACCAAGUAGGUGAUCUGCAAUUUGCUUGGUUUCGCGAAUACGGCACAGCCUUCCGCGGAGCUGCUCCCUACGGGCAAAGUGUAUUGGUCCUCGGCGAUCCAAAGGGCCUGCAGCACGUCCUUCAUGGUUCUGGAUAUCGCUAUCCCAAAGCCCUCGAUUCGGAUUAUAACACGGCCAUGCUAUUUGGGAGGGGAAUCGUUACAGUAGCUGGGUCUAUCCACCAGCGACAUAGGAAAGUCAUGAAUCCCGCAUUCUCUGCAGCACAGCUUCGGACUUUCCUUAGCCUUUUCCAACGAUCAGCAAAGAAGUUCUCGGGAAAGCUCAUUGACAUUGUUGAAGGAGGACAAUCGAGCAUUAAUAUGGCGCCUUGGCUUGGAAAGCUGACUUUGGACAUUAUUGGAGAGAGUGCCUUCGGAUACCAAUACGGAGCGCUAGAUAAUGAAGAUGAUAAAUUGGCCAAGACACUGAACAAUUUAUUCUGCGACUCGGAACUCUUCCCUUCGCGUGCUGCGAUACUUCUCUCAGCAUUGCCAAGAGUCCUGCCGAAGCCCCUACUCCAAGUCCUGAACCUCAUUCCUUCCCGGCGAAGAAAACAUUUUUCAAGUUUCAAUGUUGCUGCCCAAAAUGUCGGACGGGAACUACUCCAGGAGAAGGUCAAUGAGAAUGAUUUCGAUUCAUCGACUGGCAAGGACGUUCUCAGUAUUUUAGCACGCGCAAAUUCCCAGGAAGAAGAGAAGAAACGACUGAGCGAUGACGAGGUCCUUGCCCAGAUAGCUACCCUUACGUUGGCAGGACACGAGACCACCGCAUCUACGCUUACCUGGUGCCUAUUCGAGCUGUGUAAUCACCCCGAGCAGCAAGAUCGUAUCCGCGCGGAAAUAGCAAAAGUUCGAAGCCGAUAUGCAACCAAAGGCGAACUCACAUCGACAGAUUACGAUGGUAUGCCGUUUAUGAACGCUGUGAUCAAGGAGACUCUCCGAUUCCACCCCAUUGUUCCCGCCUUGGUCCGUGUUGCUGCUUGUGACGACGUCAUCCCGCUCACCGACCCAAUUAUCACAUCCACCGGAGUCAAGCUCACUGAGAUACCUGUGGAGAAGGGCCAGCUUGUUAAGAUUGAAAUCGGAUAUUACAACCGCAAUCCAACCGUAUGGGGCUCCGAUGCCGAUGUCUGGAAUCCGGAUCGAUUCUUGGGCGAACUGGAUAAACAGACGCCAGUUGGGGUUUUUGCUAACCUUUUGACUUUUAGCGCCGGAGUCCGCUCCUGUAUCGGCUGGCGUUUCGCCGUUAUGGAGCUACAAGUCAUCCUGUUCGAGCUCCUCGAGACCUUCAAGUUCACUUUUUCCAAGGCAGGCAUCGACAUCAAGCGGCAGCCUGCUGGAAUUAUGAUUCCCAUGGUGCGAGAUGAGAUGUCUAAAGGUAGUCAGAUGCCGCUGCGCCUGGUUCCGAGUCCGGUCGAGUAAUGUAAGCCGUCAGUUUUAUACUUGAAUCACAGCAUUCCCGGUAUAUACUACGCAGACCAAUGUACAUACACGUAUUCUGUUCAGUAGGAUGCGAGCCUUGAAGUUUGAACACAGGUUCUUCACAGUUGU